AUGUGUGUCUCAGGUCCGAAGGCAUUUCUGCUCCAGAAACAAGCUCCUUGCCGGGCGGAGCUGCGUCGCCGCUCGCGAGGGGCUUCCUCGGAGCCCGGAACCACCGCCUCCUCCCCGCCGCAGCGUGACCGGGGCCUCCCCACGACCCUCCCCAAGGAACAAAGCGGAGCCUGGACGGCAGUGCAGAAGCUGGCCCUGGAACUGGAGCUGGCGAGCGGCAGCGUGGGACCCGGCCUCCCCCCGAGUCCCGCGCCCACUUGGGAGCAUCACCCCCGUGUGACGUCACCGCGCCAUGGACCAACCAGAGCACAAUUAUUUUCACAGUACCUGUCCCUAGAUUGGCCCGCUCCUGUCUGUUAUUAG